AGCACGAUGACACCUCCAAGCUUUGCUGUGUAUUUCACAUGCCUAUUCUUGGCAAAUAUGGCUCAUUUGACAGCUAUGAAAAAAUCAUCAUUACAUUUUGAAUCAGCUAUUGUUGGGGACAGUGUGACUUUGCAGUGCGUCUGUCAGGAAAAUGAGGCAGUGAUGUUUUACUGGUAUAAGCAAACUCUGGGCCAGAAGCCAAAGCUGAUGUCUACAUUCUAUAAACAUAACAACAACGGCACCUUUACCGGUGAAUUUAACGAUCCACGUUUCUCACUGUACACUGGAAACAAGGAAAAUAACUUGAGGAUAUCACAUUUGCACAUUUCAGACUCAGCUACUUACUACUGUGUACGUAGCAACUUAUAUGAGUUUGAAUUUUGUGACGGCACGACUGUCACUGUGCAAGAUUCAAGUUUGAACGUCCAAGCUUGGGUCCAUCAGUCAGGGUCUGAGACCAUCCAGCCAGGAGGCUCUGUGACUCUCAACUGUACAGUUCACACUGGGACCUGUGAUGGAGAACACAGUGUUUACUGGUUCAAAGACUCUGAAGAAUCUCAUCCAGGACUCAUUUACACUCAUGGAGACAGGAAUGAUCAGUGUGAGAGGAAAUCUAACACACAACCACACACUUGUGAUUACAACUUGCCGAUGCAGAGCCUGAACCGUUCUCAUGCUGGGACCUACUACUGUGCUGUUGCCUCAUGUGGACACAUACUGUUUGGAGACGGGACCAAGCUGGACUUUGAGGAUGAUGUGAGCUCUGUUGUCUUGGUGUACUUCUUGAGUGGAGCUUUGGCGCUCACCUCCAUCCUGGUUGUUUUUUUGGCGUUCUCAGUUUACAAGAUUUACAAAACAAACUUCCAAUGUACAGACUCAGCGACCUCUACUCCAAAUACAGAGUUAUGUCAAGAUGCAGAAAACCUUCAUUAUGCUGCUUUAAAGGCUCCUACGGUCAACAGAUCGAGAAGACAGAGGGAUGACGCCCUGGGUGAAUUGUCUUUCAGUGCAAUGAAUGCCGUUGUGUGGACUACAGGGCCAGCACCCACUGUGGCAACAGUGGCAUCCUACAUGCCACUUGCAGCAUCCUCCCCUGUCACACCAUGUGUGACUGAGCCAUCAUCCUCUGCUAUGGAUACAACCUUUUCACACCAUUCGUCCACAUCCAAAAGCUGGACCAAGAAAACAGACAACAAAGGGGAGGAAAAGAAGAGAAACUGCUGUCCUUAUGGAUACUCCAAUGAAAAAACAACUGGAGGCUGAGAAAAGCAGGUCUAAAGCUAAAAGAAAAAUGAAUUUCAGCUCAAAAAAAAAAAAAACCCAAACCCAGGAAGAAGCAGAAAAUUAAGGACUCAUCUGAUGAAGAUCAAUUCUACAUUGUGUGCCUGGAGAGCUACUCCAGGUCAAGGGAGGUCUGGCUCCAAUGCUGGUCCUGUAAAGUCUGGGCACACAAGGACUGCACAGAUGGAAGUGACGUUUACGCUUGCCACCACUGUAACUCUGAGUGAUUCCAUCAAUGUGGACUACCUAAGUCUUCAAAUUCUUUCAUUUUGAUUUCAUGUUUAAACGUUUCUGAGGAUGUGUAUUGUACCCAUUAAAAAAUUUUCUUGCAUUA